ACAGGCCAUCAUGGAUCGCCCGGAUCUCCAGCGGGUUAAAUCAGAGCCCGCGAAAGUACCACAGGCAAAAUCGGAUAUCAUUCCUAGCAAUGGUGAGAUUAUCGCUGCCACGCAGGAUGACGCCGCAAUCACAACUCCAGAGGGCGGACGGAGUCCUCUGGCACUGAGCCCGCUGUCUCGCAUAUCUUCAGAGGGUAGCAGUUCUUACCAGGAGGAAUGGGAGCCGCUCACACCCGUCGAGAGAGUGACUGUUCUUGACUUAUUGGGUAACCUGGCAAUAUCACAGAAGCUGGAAAAAUGGCAGGCCUCGCUCAACGCCCAGAGAGAGAGGGUGAAACGUCACCAGGAGAAGUUCAGGUCGACCAGCCAGCAAGCACGGCAGAGGAUGGUUGGUGAAUUCAAGAAGAGGAUGCCUUCCUCGGACGAACAGCUGCAGAAGUACCGAAAGCGGAUGAAGAGCUCCGUCGAACGACUUACUGUCCGGUGGAACGAUACUGUCACAGUCACUGCAGUAGAGAAGAUAUCUUUCAUCGCCGGCGUGCUCAACGUUUUCAUUAGCGGCUAUCUGCUAGGAGCCUACCCGACUUACUUUUAUCUCUGGUUCACAGGCCAGCUGGUCUACUUCAUGCCGCAAAGAUAUUACAGAUACUGCAAGAUUGGAUAUCAUUACUUCCUCGCCGACCUCUGCUACUUUGUCAACCUUCUAACCAUUCUGAGUAUGUGGGUAUUUCCCAACUCUAAACGACUAUUUCUUAGUACUUGGUGUCUUGCAUAUGGAAAUAACGCCGUUGCCAUCGCUAUGUGGAGAAACUCGAUGGUUUUCCACAGCAUUGAUAAAGUCGUCAGCCUAUUCAUCCAUAUCAUGCCUCCCGUCACUCUACACUGCCUGGUUCACUUAACACCGGCGGAUAUACUAGAAACCAGGUUUCCAGCUGUAUAUCGGAUUAAAUUCAGCGCUCCAGGAUCGCCGGAACACUACACCCUCGGAGCCAUGAUGAUCUGGGCAUCUGUUCCAUACGCCAUCUGGCAACUCAGCUACCACUUCUUCAUUACCGUUCGCCAGAGAGAGAAGAUUGCCGCCGGUCGCCCAACUAGCUUCACCUGGCUACGACGAUCGUACGCCAAAACUUGGAUCGGCAAAUUUGUGUUACAUCUCCCCCUUCCCUUGCAAGAGCCGGCCUUUAUGAUGAUCCAGUAUAUAUACGCCAUUCUCACCAUUGUUCCCUGUCCUCUCUGGUUCUGGUAUCAAUGGGCGAGCAGUGCAUUUUUGACCGUGAUGUUUAUCUGGAGUAUCUACAACGGUGCCACAUUCUACAUCGAUGUGUUCGGAAAGCGGUUCCAGAAGGAGCUUGAGCAACUGAAGAGAGAUGUUGCCAAAUGGCAGAUGUCUCCUGAAGCCCUAACAGCCGUGGCCGAACCCCAGGACCCAGAUGGCAUCAAGCCAACCUCCCUCAGCGGUGUGGUUAUGACAACCCCCAAAGAGCCAUACGUGGAACCCAACCAGCUCAUCACUAACCUUGAUCUAAAUGCGAAUGUGAAAGCUGCAUCUACCGGCGCUUUAACUGAUGACUCGACCUCUCUUGCUACAAAUAGACGACCCCAGGAAGCUUCUCUCUAG